AUGACGAGCACAAUCGGUAUCCCAAUCAAGCUUCUCAAUGAGGCCGCUGGUCACAUUGUCACGCUGGAGAUUACCUCUGGUGAAGUCUACCGUGGCAAGCUUAUCGAAGCUGAGGACAACAUGAAUGUACAGCUCAAGGACAUUACCGUGACUGCGCGCGACGGUCGCGUGUCGCAUCUCGAGCAGGUAUACAUCAGGGGUAGCCACGUCCGAUACUUCAUCGUCCCAGAUAUGUUGAGGAACGCGCCCAUGUUCCGAUCAAGAGGCACACGGGGCCGUGGUGUUGGUCUUGCACGUGGUCGCGCCACAGUCAUCAGGGCGAGGGCCAGUGGUGGACGAGGUGGACGUCCUUGA